UGAUCACAAUGACCAUUAACACUAAAAGUGUAAAGAGUUUAGCACCUCUACUCUGCUAUAAUUUAAAAAGAUACUACCAUGGGAUUCCAUUUUACGACUUUUAUCAAUACACUACUGGUGAAUCAUUGUCACAAUACAUGAUAAACAAACUAAGGACUAAGAAUCCUUCUUUAGAUAAACUGAGUCGAGAGCAACUGCAUUGCUCACUUCAAAUACUUAAAAAGUUUGGUGUAGACCCACUAGACGCCUGUUCCAACCCACAUGUGUUCUGUAUGAAUCCAAUAUCAUUAGACAACUAUGGGGAAAUACUGAAAGAAUGUAGAUUUGCCCAUAUUGCACCUAUACAUCUAAUAAGGUAUCACACACUAGUCAGAUCCCGAACAAUAGCACACCACAAAAAGGAGGGGCUAAUGAGAGAUGACAUCCAACUGGAGGAAGUCUUACUAAACUGUUUCCAAGAUUGGCCGUCUAGUCAAAAGAAAACACAUGGUUUUGAUGAUUCUACUACAUCUAUUUUAUCUGUUAGAUUGAGUGUCUUGGAAAGCUAUCUCACCUGGAAGCUGUCUAUAACACCUGAGGAGUUCAAGAAAUAUUGCAGAAACUAUUUGCCAUUAAAACACAAGCCAAUGAGUGACAUACAAGAAGCAUUGCACAUAGCAGAGAAAGAAAUCAAUUUCGACCUCCAAACAAUAAGAAGAAAUGGUUUUGUCAUAUCAGCAGAUCCUAUAAACACUAAACUGAUUUUAGAAAAUGUUACAUCUUUGGCUGGCUUAGACAUCCGAGAUGCAAUCCACAUAGAACCUGCUAUACUGAAGAAUAAUUACAAUGCUCUGUUGGAAAUCAGAGAUGUUCUGGAAGAGUAUAGAAUAGGACAAGAGGCUCAACAAAGAUGUUUGAAGGUGUUCUGCAUGCGGCCAUCCACUGUGCGCGAGAGGUUGGACGACUUACAAAACCAAAAGGAAUACAAUAUUUUGUCAACCAACCCAAGAGUGCUAUCGAUGGUGAUACACAAACGUAAAAUGAUGAGCCGACUUAGUAAAAUACAGACAGCUAAGAAACAGUGUUUUAGUCUCAAUCAUCUGGUUUCCUCUAGCAAAGUAUUCAAUGAGUACAUAAGCAGCUUUGGAAACAAAGUAUGCGGCCGAGACAUCGCAGUACUGAUAGUAGCCUCCCUAACUGGAGGCAAUGGAAUGUCGCAAAUAUCGGCAGAACCGUUGAAAUUUGUUUUAAAUCAACUACGAAGGCACAAGUUUCGGCUACAUGCUGCGUUAAAUAUUGUUGAUGAAAAUAUUAAAUUUCUGCAGCAAAGAUUCCAAAACAAAUUCAUCAUUAAUAAUUGUCAGUUGUUAUUAUAUCCUGUGUUGGAUAUAGAACAAUACGUAGAACUGCUGCUGGCGUUGCGCAGCGGCGCCCCGGCCAAAGGCGCCGUGAAACUGGACGGGUUCUACAACCACCUGAGGUGCGAAGAGCUCACUGAUGACCAAAUACUCAGCUUGGCACUCUACGAGAUAGAGAAAAAGUACCACUUUAGUGGAGAUGGCAUCUGGGCUCCCCAAGACGGUGUCAGGAUAGAGACCACAUCCGCCAGCUGACCAUUGCCUGUUAGUAUGUACAUUUAUUUAAUUUAUUAU